AUGAGCCCCUCACUCGGCGACAUGGAACCCGCCGAGGCGGAGUCCGUCUAUUUCAAUGAGUACCCGUCGCCAAAAGCACUCCCAAAGCACGAGGCGCUAGCCCGCGCAUUCAUCGACCUCCAUGUUGAAGCGAACCGCCGCGUGGUGCUCGUUACCUCCGGUGGAACGACAGUGCCCCUGGAGGCGCAGACAGUUCGCUUCAUCGACAACUUCUCCGCGGGUACCCGCGGAGCCACAUCUGCAGAGUACUUUCUGGAGCAAGGGUACGCGGUGAUCUUCUUGCACCGGCAAUACAGCCUUCUGCCGUAUUCGCGGCAUUACAGCCAUUCGACGAACUGUUUCUUGGAUUUCUUGGAUGAAGCUCCGCCGUCGAAUGGAUCGAUGGACGGCUCCAUCAUUGUGCGCAAUGAGUACCAGAACCAGAUGCGCGAUGUCCUGCGGAAGUACCGCUACGCCAAGAAGAACAAUCUCCUGCUUCUGUUAUCUUUCACCACAGUCGCCGAGUACAUGUUCGAAUUGCGCGCUAUGGCUAAGCUGAUGAACCCGCUGGGUCCUAAUGCGCUUUUCUACCUUGCUGCGGCCGUGAGCGACUUCUUCAUCCCGUGCAGCCGGAUGGCCGAGCAUAAGAUUCAGUCCUCGGAGAUUCCUGCCAACUUCCGAGAUAACGCAGUUGAUUCGGACGAGAUAUACACUGGCGAGAACGAAAACCAGGCCCCCAGGAAUAGCAAGAAGCUGGUUAUCAACCUUGAUCCUGUGCCGAAAUUCCUGCACCGUCUGGUUGACGGCUGGGCUCCUGAUGGGAGUAUGAUCGUCUCCUUCAAGCUGGAGACCGAUCCCACACUGCUGGUGUACAAGGCCCGCACGGCGCUACAGACCUACGCGCACCAUCUCGUCAUCGGUAAUAUGCUCUCGACCCGAAAGUGGGAGGUCGUGUUCAUUACGCCAGAUGAGCCUUACGAGCGAUGGAUCCGGGUGCCCAAGACUCGGCGCAGCAAGAGUAUCUCUGGAGCAGAGGAUCAAGUUGGUCUGGCUGAGAUUACAAAAGGAAAAGUAGGUCAAGCCAAUGAGACGUCUCAGCCUCCUUCGGAUGUCAUAGAGGAGGGCGUUGAGAUCGAGAGUCUGAUUAUUCCGGAGUUGGUGAAGUUGCAUGAUGCGAGGAUUGAGCAGAAGAGAGCAGCGCAAUAA